AUGUCAGCUAGGUUGCUGAAGAAAGUCCUGAAAGAGAAAGAACUAGCCCAGUUUCAGCAACCCGUGGAGGAAGACGACGAAGAAGGAGAUGGCGGCUCCCCUGAUUCAGGCAGCGUUCCUGCAAUCAAUCCGUUCGACCUUCUCAACGAUGGCCAGGAUGACUCCGACCAGGAGAAUGAGCCUGAAGCUAUUGAUGAAACCUCGAAAGGGGACAGUAAUGAGAAACAAGUGCUCGUGAAAAGUGUGAGCGGUGCACCAGGUUCUUCCACUUCCAGUUCCAAAUCAAAGAAGAAGAAGAAGAAAAAAAGUAAGGCGGUUUCAACAGCUAAUGCAAACAAAGUUGAUGAAAGGUUGGAUGAGGAAUUGGAGAUGCUGUCCUUGGGUGCUAAAACUUCUGGCCCCCGAGCUGGUGCUGUUGAAAACAAAGUAGCGAAUUCAAAGACUCGCAAAGAAUUCGUUAGACCGGCUCAGGUGUCGUCCAUCUUACGAGUGGAUCCUAAGCAUUUAAAUCCAGAGAAUGAGCUCCGGAGAAUAUUCGGGUCCAAGGUGGUAAAAUCAAUUGAGAAGGACAGUCAAGCAAGCAGUUCAAGACAGAUUCGUGGAGGAAGACGUGGUAACCAUCACACAAGAAAGACUAUCCUAGUCUCACCCUCUGAGCAUUGGCAUCGCUGGGACGGUUCCUUGACCAUGGAGUUUCUAGAGACUAAGGAAGGUCUUAAUUACUUCAGCUACACAUACUCACCUUCCUAUAGCCAAGCACAACGAGCAUUUGAAGCUGCCAAAGCUAUUCAUGAUCUUAAUGGCAUAGCAAGCAUUCUGUUACAUCACCCUUAUCACCUAGAUUCACUUGUGACGAUGGCAGACUAUUUCAAAUUUGUGGGUGAGCAUCAAAUGUCAGCUGAUGCAAUUGGAAAGUGUCUGUAUGCCUUCGAAUGUGCCUGGCAUCCCAUGUUCACUCCAUUACAAGGAAAUUGCCAGUUGAAGAUAAGCCACGAGGCCAACAAGCCAAUAUUUACCACCCUUUUCUCUCACAUGAGGAACCUGGACAGGAGAGGUUGUCAUCGAUCUGCCCUUGAGGUUUGCAAGUUGUUGCUUGCACUGGAUUCUGAUGAUCCAACUGGGGCCAUGUUCUGCAUCGACUACUUUGCUUUGAGGGCCAAGGAGUAUGCAUGGUUGGAGCAGUUUGCUGAAGAUUACAGAGGCGAUAAUUCCUUGUGGUUGUUUCCAAACUUCUCCUAUUCUCUUGCUAUUUGUCGGCUCUAUUUAGAGCAAGAAGAGGAAUCCUCCAAGGAAAGUUCUGCAAGUGCCACAAAAGCUAGUUCAAGUGAUCUGAUGAAGCAGGCACUAAUGCUUCACCCUUCAGUGCUUAGAAAACUAGUUGCAAAAGUGCCUUUGAAGGACCGCUUGUGGACGGAUAUAUUAAAGCAUGCCUUUUUCAAAUCAGAGAAAGCGGGAUCUCCUUCCUUGGAUCAUCUAAUCAAUUUGUAUGUGGAGAGAAGUUAUCUCAUAUGGAGGCUUCCAGAUAUCCAAAAGUUGCUCAAGGACACAGCUAUGCAAGUGAUGGAAACUCUACACCAUAAUAGCAGUGAAGCCGAAGAUUGGGCUUGUGUGAGAAAACAAGUUUUCUCCUCUGAUAAAAACGAGUAUGACUACCUAAUGGUUUCAGAUUUCUCAGACAUGGUGGCAACUCUUCCUCCUGAGAACUUGCAAGAGUUCAUGGUGGACCCGAGGAUGGCACAACCUGAAGUACAGAAUGGCAACCCGUUAGGCAAUCAAGUUGCUGACGGCCAUCCUCCUGCUCCACGAGAUGUAGCAAACCGGAAUGCUCUAGCUGUCCUGGUUGAGUCGAUACUGCCAUGGGCUUACUACGGAGACCCAGAAAACGAUGAGAACAACCAGGUUGAGCCAGACAACGAAGAUUGA